AUGAUCCUUCAACCAUCCUCAGACACCCGGCAGUUGCCCCAUACCACAUCCACAGCGCUGCAGAGCCCUCUGCCGCAGUCGCGCGAGACAGGCGAUGUCACGCCCCAGAAACAACCCGAUGGCACACCGAUAACCACACGGGACUCGCCCUUCGCGAAAUCCUGGGCGCACUUCAUCGCCGGCGGCCUCGGAGGCACCGCAGCCGCGACCCUCACCGCGCCCCUCGACGUCCUCAAAACGCGCCUCCAAUCCGACUACUACCAGAACCACCUCGCGGCCUCGCGCGCAGCCCGCGGCGUCCCUCCGCUACACACCCUCUCCCUCUUCCGCAGCUCUCUCCUCCACGUCCGCGAGACAUUCCAGAUCCUCUUCGCCGUCCCCGCGACCGAGGGCUGGCGCGCGCUGUUCAAGGGCCUCGGCCCCAACCUCGUCGGCGUGGUGCCCGCGCGCGCCAUAAACUUCUACGUCUACGGCAACGGCAAGCGCGUCCUGGCGCAGACCUUCAACGAGGGCCGGGAAGCCGCAUGGGUGCAUCUGUGCUCUGCGGCGGCAGCGGGGAUCGUGACGGGCACGGCGACGAACCCGAUCUGGCUCGUCAAGACGCGCCUGCAGCUUGACCGGAGCCACGCGAAGGAGGCGGGGGGAGGGAGGCUGUACAAGAACGCGCUGGACUGCACGAUCAAGACGGUGAGGCAUGAGGGGAUCAGAGGGCUGUAUCGGGGGCUUAGCGCGAGUUAUCUGGGCGUCACGGAGAGCACGCUGCAGUGGGUGCUGUAUGAGCAGAUGAAGAUGUCGCUGGCGGCGCGCGAGGAGCGGCUCGCGGCCAGCACGAAGGAGCCGAGCGUGUGGGACCGCACGGUUGGGUGGACGGGGAAGUUGGGCGCGGCGGGGGGUGCAAAGUUCAUCGCUACCAUACUGACAUAUCCGCAUGAGGUCGUCCGCACCCGCCUCCGCCAAGCCCCGAUGGAAAACGGCCACCUCAAGUACACAGGCCUGGUGCAGUGUUUCCGGCUCGUGUGGAAGGAGGAAGGCAUGGUGGCCCUGUACGGCGGCCUCGUCCCGCACCUGCUGCGCGUCGUGCCGAGCGCGGCCAUCAUGUUUGGCACCUAUGAGACUGUGCUCAAGAUGCUGGGCACGACGUCUACGGUCUGA